AUGUUGAAACGUAAAGAUGCUCCCCAGGACAACAGUCAAGAUAGCAAAAAGCAAAAGACUGUUGCUUCAAAACAAGGUUUACUUACGUCUUGGAUCAAACAGCCCUCUUCUGGGGAAGUAGUAACUAAAGUCACCGGAAAACUGAGUGAAGAAAUGAAAAAGCUGUUACGAAUAGAACUUGAAACCAUGGAUGGCGA